AGGGAGGGAGAAGGAAGAGGGGAAAGGUUUGCUCUGCCAAGUUGAGUUGAGCAUGCUGUGCUCUGUCUCUGGUCAUCACCAAACACCAACUCAUGACGCCCCAAAGCUGAGAGCACAGCCUCAGCAGCUGUUGUGUCAGCUCCGCCCGCGCCCCUCCGCCAUGAGAGAUCCCAAGCCGAGGAGAAGCCAGGCAGCUCCCACCCUCGCCGGCAAGCUGCGCAAGCACUCCACCUGGCUCCUUCUCCUGCUGUGGUUCGCCCUCUCCCUCUACCUCUUCAUCUCCGCCACGCCGUCCGCCACCGCGCCGCUCCGGCGCUCCGCCUUCCUCCGUUCCAAGGCCCGCGCCCUCUCAGCCACCACCGCCGGCGCCGCGCCCCCCGUCCGGAUCUACGUCUACGACCUCCCCGCCCGCUUCAACCGCGACUGGGUGGCCGCCGACGCGCGGUGCGCGCGCCACCUCUUCGCCGCCGAGGUGGCGGUGCACGAGGCAUUGCUGGCCUACGCCGGCCGCGCCGCGCGACCCGAGGACGCCGACCUCUUCUUCGUGCCCGUCUACGUCUCCUGCAACUUCUCCACGCCCAACGGCUUCCCCUCGCUGUCGCACGCGCGGGGGCUGCUCGCCGAGGCCGUCGACCUCGUCCGCAGCCAGAUGCCGUACUGGAAUCGCUCCGCCGGAGCCGACCACGUCUUCGUCGCCUCCCAUGACUUCGGCGCCUGCUUCCAUCCCAUGGAGGAUGUAGCCAUUGCCGAUGGCAUACCGGCGUUCCUGAAGAGGUCCAUCCUGCUACAGACAUUUGGUGUUCAGGGCCAUCACGUAUGUCAGGAGGUGGAGCAUGUGGUCAUCCCACCUCAUGUGCCACCGGAGGUGUCUCGUGAGCUACCGGAGCCGGAGAAGAUGCAGAGGGACAUUUUUGCCUUCUUCAGGGGCAAGAUGGAGCUGCACCCCAAGAACAUUAGUGGCCGCUUCUACAGCAAGAAGGUGAGGACUGAGCUACUUCAACAUUAUGGUCGCAAUCACAAGUUUUACCUUAAGAGAAAGCGGUUCGACAACUACCGAUCAGAAAUGGCUCGGUCACUGUUCUGCCUCUGCCCGCUGGGAUGGGCCCCAUGGAGUCCUCGGCUUGUGGAAUCAGUCCUUCUCGGCUGCAUACCCGUCAUAAUUGCUGAUAACAUACGGCUUCCGUUCCCUUCUGUCCUUCGGUGGCCAGAGAUCUCAUUGCAGGUCGCCGAGAAGGACAUAGCCAGUCUUGAGAUGGUGCUCGACCAUGUUGUGGCGACCAAUUUGACCACAAUACAGAAGAACUUGUGGGAUCCAGUGAAGCGGAAGGCACUGGUUUUCAACCAUCCAAUGGAAGUGGGAGAUGCUACAUGGCAAGUGUUGAGGGAGCUUGAGGUUUUGCUAGACCAGUCUCAGAGGAGGUAUGUUGGAUCCUGGAGGUGAAGACCAGAGAGGAUCCGUUUGUCUAAUCUGUUGCAGCUGUGCAACUAUUGUACAUGACCACAUGCCACCCAACUGGCAACAUCGACAGCCAGUCGAGACUUGAGCCUGAGAUCUACUUCUGACAUAGAUUUUUCUCGCCAGAAAUUCAGAAUACGAAUCUCAAACCAGAGGUCCACUUCUGAUGUUUUUUUCUCGCCAGAAAUUCAGAAUAUGAAUCUCAACCAGAGUUCUAUUUCUUAUGGAUUUUUCUCGCCAGAAAUUCAGAAUACCAAUCUCAUAUGAGAGAUCUGGACCUUCAUUAGUCAAUGGGGAUGCUAGCUCAACCUGCAUUGGCUGGUUGCCUGGUUGGUGCCUGACUAGAGAUCCCAAUCUCGGGGUGACAAGUUGACCAACUCUGUGUGUAUAGGGAAAUUGUUUACUCAUUUGUUUAUUCUUUGAGAAGUGGGAAGAGCCUGCUUUUCUUGCCAUAGGAAGAACAUGUUCAUGUAUUUUCUGGUUGUACACUUGUAGAGUUGCUGGGCUGUUCCAACUACUAGUAUUAUGCUAGUUAAAUUCUUGUAAAUGGAAGGGUGCCCAAGAAUGUAUUGGUGAUUGAACUAUAACCAGAAGCAAUCUGCUAUUGGAAGCCAGUGAAACAUGGCCAGGAUCUAUUCUUUGCAAUUUUCA